UUGGCUAUCACACUCGCAUACUUUACGGGCGAUUUAGCCACGUUUCAGGGACAGUAAGGCUCUGUGUGACAAUCACCUAACUUUAGGCUAUUCCGUAUGACACCAAAUUUUGAGAACAAACUUACCUAAAAAGCAUUCUUAGUAUUAGGGCCUUUAGAAUUCAGCUAGGUUACAGCCCUUUUGAGGGCUGUUUUCAAUGUGUGCCUUUCUCCCUAGGUCUAUCGUGCUUUCUCCAAGCUGCUUGACAACUGGGUGGAGUGCAGCUGCAGUGCUGAGAAGAUACACUGGGAGAGUCAUACUUUCCCAUGUGGACUCAUCUACUUUCAACUAGCCAAAUAGGUGUUUGGGUUUCUUCAACCCUAUCUUGCUGGUAUGGAGAGGGAGGCUGCUCUAUCUGAUCAGAAGAGCAUAUGAAAAUUAGGAUCAUGGUGGCUCUCACCAAUAUACAGAAGGAGUCCCCCCCUGCUUAAUGGAGCAUAAUCUGCCCUUCACCACUGUAACAAGGACAGCUCUUCACAGUCAGGAGAGGGAGGGAGGGAGAGAAUACAUAUAAAUAAAUGUUCAUACAUGCCUGUGUGUUCCUAGUCACAGGCUGCUCUGGCCACACACUGGAUUCUGGAGCCCAAGUGCUCAGCUCCUUUUGUAGGUGGGCCUCAGUGGCAAAAGUUUUUCAGUAGACAAUAUUUGUCAGGCUAGUUUUUAGUGGCUUUUAAAAAAACUACUGUAAAAAGACUGAGAAUUGUAAAAAAUCUGGCAUUUUAGUGUCUAUUUUAAUCUAAUAACAAAUAUUAACAAAUUGCCUUAUGAUGGGUCACACAAUUUCACCACUUAGCCCAGGACUGGACAACCUGUCCAGAUGCAGUUCUCAUUGCUGAGCUGUAAGUUCCACCACUGAAUAAACUGGCUAUGUCCUAUGGAAGUUGCAGUUGAACAACAUCUGGAGGGCCACGAUUUGUCCAUCCUAGCCCUAGUCCAUUGUUGCCUGUUCUGAUUGGCCGCACCUCUCCAGGGUCUUGUGGCUGAAGUUUUUUACAUCACUUAUUGCCUGACCCUUUUAGCUGGAGAUGCUAAGAGUGUAACCGAGGGCUUUCUGCCUGCAAAUCUUGUCAUCUGCUGCUGAGUUGUGGUUAGUGUUCUUUUAAAAAUAUGUCAUAUUAUAGUAUUUUGAAAGUAAUAUAUCCCUAGCCCUGGGUGUGGAGUACAUUGGAAAUAUAACUGACUUGAUAACUCUUGAUGCCAAGCCAGAUAUUCCCACCUUUACAUUUAGAGCAAAUAAUUGUUGCUGACUGCUCUGAUAGCACCAAUCUCUUUAGCAGAGGAGAAGGAAAGAAAGGUAGAAGGAUUGCUUAAAUUGAGUUCUUCCCAGAACUGUCGAGUGCAGAUAGAACUGUCAGUGCUGUUUGUUUGGUUAAUGUGUAGUUAAUACUGACAAUGUUUUGUGUCUGGUGGUAGAGCCAUCCCUUUACCUGUCCCCAGCAAUAAUGCUUUUGCACAGCUUUCUCUUGUAAGCUUGCCUAGUUGCCAUAGGUGAAAAGAAGUACAGUAUGUACAUGAAUGAAUGGGUUGCACAGCAGUGAAUGAGGGGCUGUUGGAGAAACAUUCCCCCCUCCUCUGUCAAAUCACAUGAUGGGAGUGGGUGAGAGAUGUGUUGCACAUGAUGGGAAUGGGAGAGAGGUACAUCUCUCCUCCUUUAGCAUACUUGUUAAAAAACAAAUUUGUUCUAGUCUGCUAAGUGGAUAAUGGUUCCAGUGCCCAGUGAUCCUCUGCAAGAUAUUUAUUUGUUUAUUUAUUUAAUAUCCCACCUUUCCCAGUAGCCUGUGCUUUUGUGCUGAAGGUGGAGGAACAGAGAUACAUAGGUCAGUUUUAUAAAGAUCAUCGUCAUGGCAAGGGGGUUUACUUUUGGCCUGAUGGUUCAAAAUUUUCAGGAUCAUUUUAUCUUAGUCGUAAAGAAGGCUAUGGGACCAUGGAAUUUAAUGAUGGAAGAAGAUUUCAGGGGCUUUAUAAGGCUGAUGAACGUUUUGGACCAGGAAUUGAAACUUACCCAGAUUACAGUCAAGAUGUUGGCUUGUGGCAUCGAAGUCAUAUAAUUAAACUGUGUACAGAAAUACCUAGCUAUUUUACUCUUUCAGCUUUUCCAGAACUCAGCACUUAUUUUGAUGCUGAGUCCCACAGAGAAUAUGUUUCAGAGGAUAGCAUUACAAUGUGGGAUCUGAAUGAGGAGAAGGACCCAUUUUUCUACAACUUCAAGCGUCUUCUCUUAAAUGAUGACAGCUACACUUUGCCUGAAAACAUGUACAUAUACUCAAUUGAUGCAGAGCAUCUUCCACUUACUCGCGCCUUCCUGAAAGAGUUUGAUUUCCAGUAUUUUAAGAAAAGAAAAUGCUUUGCUUAUGAAAAGCAUUGGCCUCUAACCAAUAUAACUCCUUUUCUUAUUAAGAUGCAGAAACACACCUAUAAAUAUAGGCAUUGUCAGAAAGACAUAGACUGUGAUGUUAAUUUUGUUUUGGAAGGCCACAGGAGUGGUUUUGGAGUCAGAGGUCCCAAAGAGUGUGCUGCUGAGGAAUUGAUUGAGAAGUCAGCAGAAGGAGAUUAUAAUAGAGUUUAUGAGAUUCUGAGGGACAACCUGGCCCAUCCAGACAUAGCGGAUGUACAUGGAUACACUGCCCUUGCUGCGGCUGCUAUGAAUUACAAAGAUGACAUCAUCAACCUUCUUCUUGAUAGUGGAGCUGAUGUGAAUAAAUGCAGUGAUGAAGGAUUAUCAGCAUUGUCAAUGUGCAUUAUGCAUUAUUUCCCAGCACAAUCAUUUAAAUCCAAUAUUGCUGAAAGGAGCCCUGGUCGAAGAGAGGGAACAGACACCUCAGAGGAAAUGUCUACAGGAUCUACGCCAUUAUCCCACUCAGAGGCAACUCAGCCAUCUGCAGACAGCACCGAAAACAGAUUAUCUUCGAUUGCUACCCCUGUAUCACCAGCAAUAGCGUUAUCUCCUGAAAAGGCAGAAUGGGGCACAGAUACUGAGGAAAGGUCUUCAGAAGAAACAGAAUGGACUGUUGGUAGAAAGAGCUCUGGAACAAUCUGUGGUAUUUACAAUUACAAGAUUAAGGUUUCUGCAGAAGUCAUGCAACGCGGUGCAGUUGCUCUUAGCCAACAUAUGGUAAAAAUACCUGGCUUCUCUGACAGUGGGGAGAUUGUUCAUCAUGAAGGCACUCUGAGAAGAAUGGCAGUAUCAAUAACAGAACAGAAAAGGAGACUGGCUACUAUCAAAUGGCUCCUGAAGAGAGGCGCAGAUCCCAAUAUGUGCAGCGUCCCUAUGUAUGCCCUUUUCUUUGCUGUUAAAGCUGCAGAUGCAAGCAUAGUGAAACUACUUCUAGAAGCUGGAGCAAGGACUGAUAUACGUCUGCCAACAAGACUUGGAGGUGUAACUCCUCUUCAUAUUGCUGCUGCCCUUCCUACUGAUGAAGGGGUUGAAAUAACAGAGCUAUUACUUCAUUCGGCAACAGACCCAGAUGUAAGAGCAGAAGAUGAAAAUGAUGUAUAUAAGGUGGACAGGUGUUUCAACAAGAAUGAGCUUUCAGAAGCACCAUCUAUGAUGAAAAUGUUUAAUGAAACCGGACCACCCAAAACCUACUACAGAGAAUGUACCAUUAUCCCUGAUGAAGGUGGGAGAACUCCUCUUCAUAUUGCUUGUGAGAGAAAGGAUAAUUUUAAGAAUGCAGCCAAAGUUGUUCGUCUUCUUUUAGAACAUAGUGCAAAUCCAAAUGUCCUGUGGAGUGGCCAUUCCCCUCUUUCACUGGCUAUUGCUACUGGAAAUGAUCAGGCAGUGGCUGAGCUUCUAGAUGGUGGAGCUGAUCCAAAUGUCCCUUUAAACCAAGCUAUUGGAAAUGCCUUGUGUGCUGUUAUUAAUCCUGCAUAUGAACACAAUCGAUCCUUUCCAAACAAAAUGGAUUUGAUUAAUACUCUAAUAGCAGGAGGUGCAGAUAUAUUAAUGCCUAUUACUAUUGGCGAUGAGAUGAAAAAUGCAGUGGGAACAGUAGUGGACUAUGCACAUUACAAAUACUACCAGGAUAAAAGAAUGUUGCAUACACCAUACCAUGCUCUUUCACCAACAGAGCGGGAGCUUUUUAGUUCUCGUCGAAAGUUGCUCGAAUUUCUGAGUGAUCGGCUUCGUGAAGCUGUCAUCUGCAAAGAAAAGCUUUGGGAUAAAGAGGAACUUCGAAAACAAAAGUUUACAAUAAAGAGAUCUACUGUGGCAGGAGGAGUAUUGCCAGAAACAGAUUCAUCAAAACUGCCCAUCUUUAAAUAUUGCUACCAAUGUGGGCGAUCUGUUGGUGUGAAUCUUGUACCUUGCAUGCGUUGUUAUGACAUCUACACCUGCAGCAAGUCCUGUAAAAUGAAGUCUUGGAAUGAGCGUCAUAAACGAGAAUGUUUACAUGCAGUGCGGAUCCGUAAGCAUAGAGUGGCAAAAGGCAAAGGAACUUCUCCAUCCAGAAAGGCAAAGGAAGUAAAAGAAAAAAAGGAGGUACCAGUCACGAGACAUAAAAAAGUAGAUGAGAAAAAGAAGAAAGAAGAGAAGUUCAAAGAAGACAGUUCACAACGAAAGCCUGAGAAGAGUAGCAGUGUUGCGGAUCUUCCUUAUACUGGAAACUAUAGUUUCAUUUAAAUACUGUUACUUUGUCCUGGUAUAAUUUGAUUUGGGAAAUGUUAUAUGAAAAAUAGAUAAAAACUGAUAACUAGAAGAUAAAACUGAAGCAAUCGUAUGUAGGUGUCGAAAUCUACUUACUGUGGUUAUAAAGGGAUGCCAGGUAAUUCUAUUCAUAGUAGUGAAAUGUUCAUCUUCCCAAAAUGAAUCUGAUAGUUAUGAAACCAAAGCUUUUCAUAUUUUUUUAAAAAAUAAGAAUGCAUAAACAGUUCACCAGGUAUAGCCUUGGGAUUCUGUGGUGGGUCUCCUGAAGAUGCAGUACAGAAUUGUAAAGCUCCUCUUGUUUUUCAACCACUGUCUUGUCUUUCUAGAUCUUCAACUUCUGGCAUGAACUUCUUACAUAUAAAUCAGAUAGCAUGUUCUUGGUAUGCUACUUGGGGCCAAAACAGAUGGGCCCGAAAAAGUGGACUGUGGCUGCUCCGGCACGAUGUGCCCCAAUUUGGGCCAUCGCGAUAGUUUUGAACCAGACCGGCAAAAGGAGCUGUACUUUACCAUUCUUUUUUAGCCUGGUUCUUUGUAAAAGAUGCGGCCUCAGUGCAGUGUCUGGCUGCGCUUGGGGCGUGUGUCAUGUAAAUGCUGUGCCCGAAUGCGGCCAGAAACCAGCUUACUUGGCUCAUCUGUUUCGAACCUCAGUCACCACAACAAUAUAGACUUUGCUUGCCAACUGCUGAUACUCUUUCUCUCUCUUUUUUUGGGCUCCCAAGUUGCCCAUUCAAUGAUUCUGAAUACCUUAUGGAGAUGUAGCCAUUUUCUUCAUUGAUAGUAGAUAUGAACAGAAAGUGGGUAGAAGAGACUCUUUCUAUAGAUUUGGUAGGAAUAUAAACAGAUCUGAUCUAAUAAGAUCCUAGACACAUUCAGUUCCUAGCCUUUAAUCCUGUGAGCUUUUAUUGACUUCAGGAUCAAAUCCUUGGGAUAUGAAGUAUCAGGAUGGAAGAUUCUGUGGCUAAAAUUCUUUUCUAAUAUGAGAAAUCUAACUUGAGUUGGAAAACACUGGGCAGUAUUAUUGGCUGAAACCAUUGUUUUCAAAAGUGGACUCAACAUGUAUUGCAUCUCAACAAAUGUACAGUAUAUUGUUGACUUUUGUAGUUUCACAACCUACUGCUCUCAGUGGGGCUUGGCGAAGGGUGGGCUCAGAAUGUGUCUGUUUCUGUUUGCAGCUGAGUGUGAAACAAAGCCAGGCCAGAAUUUCUGGGCCACAAGCCAGCAGAGAGUUGUCAUGCUUAAGGCUGCUGAUUGUGGUCCCAGGAGUAUAGCACUGGACUGGACAAGCCAGUUGUUUAAUAUGUUUUGUGUUUUAUAAUGCAGUAGAUUUUAAAUGUUACAAAAUAAAAUCUAUAUAUUUUUCUGAAACAAUAUAUUUUUGUUCCUUAUUUUAGCAGUGGUUAUAAAUUGAAGCCUACAAUUUGAAAUCUACUCCAAAGUAUGCCCUAUUGACUUUAACUGGGAUUACACUCAGAUAAGUUUGUGUAGCAACUUAAAGAAAUAUUAUUCCAUGUGAAAUUGUGUCAUAAAGCAUUUCCCUAAAGCUGCCCUUUCAUGUGUGUCUGUGUGCAUGCACACACUUCCCUGCCUCCCCCCUCCCCAAAUCUGGAAGUGAACUUCUGGUCGCUUCUGGUUUCAAUGGAAAAAAUGACCAAAAAAAAAAACCCCUUCCAGUUUUGAGGCAGUGUAGCAUGUAGCAGAUUGCAGAGGAGAGGGACAAAACUGUUUUCUAGAUUGGUUGCCCACUCUGGAUAUUCCUAUGUUAUCUCAUAGAUCCCUUACUGGCUUAUUUGCCUGAUCUUCAGUUAUAGAAAUAGAAACAGUGCUUCACAAGGAAAGUCUCCCAUUUGGCAUUCCUGAUAGAAACAUACACAUUUAGAUGGGCCUCAGAUCUGGAAAUUCUGUGGCCUUGAUUUCUUCAACCCUGAGCACAGCAAAGAUCUGUUACCUUUUGUCACAAGCAGUGGGCUAGUGAAUACUUGUUCUCUGAACAAUGUCAACUAUCUGGACUAUGCUGGAGCCUCUUCCUGCCCUAUUCAACAGGUGGUUCAGAUUGGGACAACUGCUUUAUCACACAAAGUGCAGACCCAAGCUACUGGAUGGAUGUACUACCUCUGCCUCUGGACUCUUCUGUGCUCCUGGAAAAAGCCAGUAAGGGAUCUAUGUUGUUGGAUGGGAUAUUACAGUCCAUUGUAGUCUUCACUGAAACAAGUGUAGGAACUUUUGCAGUGAGCACUUUUCAUCCAAAAUUGCUGUUCCCUUCAUUUGUAAGAUAAUUUAGCAUACUUUGUUAACUUCAUUCCUAACUUGACUUGGAACUGAUAACUGAUUGGAAUGUGGUAACUUCUUUCUCCUUUAUCUCUGUAUACUAAAACUAUUAACUAUGUCAGAGCACCAUGAAAGCUCUUAACCAUGUGCUAGCCCAUCCAUGCGUGGCUGCUGCUUGGCUCACAGUACUCAAUUUUCAACUGUGAAACAAAGCCAGCCCAGAAUAUUUGGGCCACAAGCCAGCAGAGAGUUGUCAUGCUUAAGGCUGCUGUUUGUGGUACUUAAGAGUCCUGCAUGCACAUAGGCUGGCAGAGUCACAAAACUUCUAUGAAACAUCACUAUGCAUGCAUAUUAGUGUCCAUCAACUUUAAAUCUGCCCAUUAUGAUAACAUUCUUCUAGCAGAGGGAGCUACAAAAACAUAUUUUUAGGUACCACAAACUGUUUCCCACAGGGCCUCCUGACCACUUAUAGAAAAUGGAAGUUUUUGUAUCAUAUGUAAAAAAGAUGCUAAGUGACUCA